CGCCUAGAUCACGGGAAUCUCCAGCACUGACAUAGGCGUGUAAAUUGAUCAGUCGCUGAAGUGAUUAGCGCACAUAAGGAUCAGUGAUGCGUGCUGCACUAAAAAAAUUACUCUAAAUAUUCCCUCCAGGUGCAGCAAAUGUUGAGUCAGCUGUCUAGUGUCUGGUGAAGAGAAAUCCACACUCAGGCGCUCACGUAACCUGUCCUGUGGUGCUUUUCAGAGUCGGCAGGUUACAUAAGCGCACGAUCACGACUUUACGUAACUCAAACAUCUGUGUGGUGUGUACAUUGUCUAGCGUACACAUGAAUGUUCAUUACAAGAACACACGGCACUCAUUGUACUGAAUGUUAGGGAAAAUGUUUGCAGCCCCAGCUUACCUAACCAGCUCUUCCCCCUUCACUCCGUGGUGAGGGCUCCCCAUUCGGGCCCCUCCUCCCUUCCGUCAGGUUCCCCCGCCUGCGAGGUUACGUAGCUUGGGGAGGACGGUCGGUGGCCCGCCAGCCAACCAACCAGUGUGCAUAGAGGCGCUGGCCUGACACCUCUAUUGCGCUGCGGCGAGGGGUGAUCAGGAAACAGUACGAGUGAAACGUGACAGUUGUGAAUGUAGAACGUAGAACGGGCAUGUGCCAGUGACGAAAAAAAGGUAUAUGCAGUUCAAGUGGGAAUACUGACGGAAAACUGAUAGAAACUAAAAUCGUGAGGAAAGAUUCGACAUUACCAGGAAGAAAGUGUAUUGCCAGUGAAAGCCCCCAUUAAUAGUGAAAUGGUGGUAAAUGUACAGUGGCUAGCAAGGCAAGAAACGUGGACAGGAACAGAUGGAUGCCAGUGUGCGGUGGUGGCGGCGGACUGAUGGCAGCAGCGGUCAUGAACGCAAACGCAGAAUUUAAGAACCCUUCCGAGUUCUUUUGAUCCUAUCGCCUGACCUUCACCCCUUCCCUUCCUUCGCCAUGCCUCUUCACUCUGAGAAGUGGUCGAGGAAGAGGAAGAUCGACCAUGGGAGUGAGUGGAGGCCGCUGUACAUGCAUCCCCGACCUACUACAAGGGCAACUGGCGGCGCGGCGUGCAGCAGUGCGGUGCUGGAGGCCUCAGGGAGUAGGGACGAGGGAGCCAGUGCCUUGCAGGGCAGUGGCGCUGGCCAUCUCUCCUCUGUGCCUGCAGGGAGAGAUGAAGAAGCAGGGGAUGAAGGAGCUUUUGGAGUAGCCGCGGCUGGUGGUAAGCUGAGUGGAGGCAAGAUCAACAUAAACGUCCGGAAUGCCUCAGCACUGCUACCCGACCCAGCCCACCUGCCCCACUACAAGCUAGUCAAGCUUUUCAAGUCGUUCCGUCUGCAGAAUUUACAAAAGGAUCACAGACCGCUCAAGAUUGUGCGUGCCAGCCACCAGUACAUGUACGACAACACCAACUCUGAGUACAUCGACUGUGUGAACUUCGUCUCCCAUGUGGGCCACUGUCACCCCUCCGUGGUGCGGGCCGCCUAUCUCACCAACAACUUGGAGGCCAUCACGCCGGGCUGGGACAUUGACUGGGGCGAGCCCACCUACCCGCAGCAGCUGCGCCAUACCCUGCCGGAAUAUCUCGACACUUUCUUGUUCUGCAACUCAGGAUCUGAGGCGGUGGACCUGUCACUGCAGCUAUCCCAACUGUACACUGGCGGCACGGAGGCUGUGGUGACCGACAACGCCUUCCAUGGCUCCAUCGACUCUGUCCACCAUCUCUCCCCCAAAGUGUUCAAGACCAACAACAUCACCAAGGCGGACUGGGUGCACAUCAUCCCCAUGCCGGACCUGUACCGGGGAGAGCACCGGCGGGAGGACCCGGCGGCGAUCGACAAAUACCUGGCGGAGGCGCGAGAGGUGGUGCAAGGGGCGCGGCAGGCCGGGAAGGUCGCGUGCUUCAUCUCGGAGCCCAUGCUGAUCAUCCCGGGCUGCAUCAUGCCGCCGUCCACGUGGCUGCAGGAGGUCUACAAGCUGGUGCGGGAGAGUGGUGGUCUGUGCAUCGCUGACGAGGUGCAGACUGGCUUGGGUCGUCUCGGAUCGCAUUUCUGGUCCUUCCAAGCUCAGGAGGUCAACCCAGAUAUUGUCAUCAUUGGAAAGACGAUUGGGAACGGCUACCCCAUGGCGUCUGUGAUCACCUCUAAGGAGAUAGCGGCGGUGCUGGGAGACCGCGCCAAGGAGUACAGGUGUUCCCAGGUAAUGAACGCGGUGGGGAGCGUGGUGCUGGAGGGGCUGAGGCAGGAACACCUCAUGGAAACAGCAGCUAGCGUGGGGACCUUCCUGCUGGAGGAGUUGCUCAAGCUGCAGCACAAGCACGAGUAUAUAGGAGAUGUACGGGGGCGAGGCCUCAUGGUGGGCAUGGAGGUGGUGUGGAGCAGACAGAGCCGCAAACCUGCACAGGAGAUCGCUGAGCUGAUUGUGAACAAGAUGAGGGAGGAAUAUGUCAUCUUGGCCAACGAGGGGCAGGAGCGAAACAUUCUGAUGGUGAUGCCGCCAAUGUGCUUCACUCAGGAGAACGCCAUUAGCCUCAUCCAGCGCCUCGACAAGGUCCUCACUGAGCUUCCCAAACACAGGAUCUUAAAGGAGGAGGAAAGCAGCCUUCUCUCCUACAGAAUACUGCCAGGUAUAUGUGAAGGCCGCCUGGGCAUCAUUCAGCCCCAGAAGGCAGGUGAAGAGGAGGAUGAUAGUGAUGGAUUCCAAAAUUCCAAGAACAUGGAUCUUGAGUACCGACAAAGCAGCUACCAUGACCUCGACUAAUACCUCACCACAACCUUUUCUGCAGAGGUGUGCUGCUUAACCAACUUUGCUUCCCCCCCACCAUCCUCUCAGUGACUUGAAAAGGAGGACAGUAUUAGUGUGAAAGUGUGAACCACAAGGCACCCAGUGACACAGUGGUGUGGAAUGAUUAAUUGCUGCCUCCCUAUUGACAUAGUGAUAUCAUUCCAAGAUCUUCACUUUUGCAUGGAAGUAAAUCUGGUGUAGACUAAUAUAUAUAGUGGUUGGUCAUCUGCACUUUCUCAUCUCCAUACAUUACUGCUCUGUCCUUCCAGUAAUCCUUAAGGAUCUUCCUCCAGUGAUCAUCUCAUUUUUAUUUAUAUUCUAUUUAUCAUCCCAAAACAAAAUUCCUUUCUUGAUUUUCUUUUCAUAUUUGAGAAAUUCAAUGACUUGAAAAAUAACCGGCUCACUAAGUGUAUGAUGUUCUGGAUCUUAAGUUCCUUCGUAUUAUUUUCUUUAAUUUUAAGUAUUAGAUUAUUAUUACAAUAUUCCAUAAUGAACAUUAUUUUUUUCUCUCAAAAUGUACGUUUUUACCAUACUUUCCUCUCUCCAAUCUCUUCAUUUUUCAUCAGUGUUCAUGUUUCAUAUGCAUCUGACAGGUCUACAUCAAAGGUAUUAAUUGUUACGUCGUGUGGUUUAAGAUGUUUUGAUAUUAUGGAAACAAUAAAUCCAUGAAGUGUAA